GAAAUCUCACCAAGCGAGACCCGCUUCCCUCAAGGAGGUCUUCUUCGCAAGAACUUCAUUCUAGAGAUGGCUACUGUUUGCAGAAAUAAGAUGUAGGAUGUGAGAUUGGAAGAGAAAUGGGUAGAAGACCUUGUUGCUCCAAGGUAGGACUCAAUCGAGGAGCAUGGUCUGCUUGCGAGGAUAGGAUCCUCGUCGAUUACAUUAAAGCCCAUGGCGAAGGCAAAUGGAGAGACCUCCCAAAGAGAGCAGGGUUGAAACGUUGCGGUAAGAGUUGCCGGCUCCGAUGGUUGAACUACUUGAGGCCUGACAUCAAGAGAGGCAAUAUUUCCCAUGAGGAGGAGGAUCUCAUCAUCAGACUUCAUAAACUCCUUGGCAACCGAUGGUCGCUCAUAGCAGGAAGAUUGCCCGGCCGAACAGACAAUGAGAUAAAGAAUUAUUGGAACACUAAGCUCUGCAAGGAGGUGGAGGCGAUCCCCAAACAAUUAGAUGCGGAGAAAGCUCCUAGUAAAUUAAAACAGAGGAAGGCAAUGGCGAUUCUAGAGACAGAGGCACCUAAAGAAGCAGAGGAGCAAUCUCAUCCUGUUAUUCGAACCAAGGCCGUGAGGUGCACCAAGGUAUACAUUCCACAAGAUCAAGAUGAUAGGAUGGCCGGCCGAAACCCGGAGCCUCGUACCAAUGAGCAAGCGCCGGCACCAAUUCUUGAAGACGUUGACCCCUCGAACUUUUUUGCGGACUUUGACAUGCAAGAGCUCUGGUUGGAAGUUCAAGGUGACGAUCUCUCGCAAGUUUGCAUCAACGAACCCCGAGACGAUGGCGAGGGAGUUCAUGGCCUAGAAGGAAGCGACAAGAUGCUGUCACCCUGCUACGACCAUCCACGUCAUUUUCGUGGAGCCAUGCUGGAGGAAUGGAGGGGUGGUGAUGCUCUUCAGCCCAAUCUAGCCUCGGAGCUUAAUGCCUUGGCUUCUUUAUUAGACCUUGAAGAGUAAUUAAUGGCAAUAAAAGCACUGAAACAUAUAGCCUUCUUUUCUUAUUUUCCCUUGAGGCCGUCUUCCAUGUCCCUUCCAUGACCCCCUAGCUUGUAUCUUUCCAUUUUGUCCGAUGAAAUGGAGGUCACCUGACACCGUUUUCCUUGAGACAAAAUGCAUAAAUAAAUAAAGAGGCGUUCCCGUCUAUCUUACUAGAGAAGCAAAGAAGGAUGUCUAUUUUAAUAUAGGAGUAAAUAUUUUCAUGUCAAUACAGUUUAACGUUGA